AUGAGUGAGCACCUACGCGUGAAGUGCAACGAGGCGCUGAAGCAAGAACGCAAGACCGAGCUUCAGCUGGCGGCUGCGCAGACCAAGGUCAAGAAAUUGCGACGCCGCUGCAAGAAGCUGCAAGAGACCUCUGAUGGCGACAAGACCGAAACGGCCGACGCGUUCCUGGCGUUUGCAAAGAACGACUGCCUAGAGUUCUGCAACCAAGUCCACAAGACGUUCCCGCGCGAAAUUCGAGACACCAUCUACAGCUACAUCACUGGUUUCGAGGAUAUCAACAUCGAUUGUGACAAACACGGAAACCUUGAGUAUACCGGAUACGGUUAUCCGGCGUGGGGUCAAGAGCUUUGUCAUGAUCCUGCGUAUGAUGGGACCGAUCACUGGUGGAAGCCCGAAUAUGUGGGCGCAGCGAUGGUCUGCGAACUUGGUGAGAGCUUCUACCGCUCUUCUUGCUUUGUCUUUCAGGGCGAUCUUGCAGCCCUUGGUCCCUUUCGAGCCACAGAUCAAUGGAACCUAGGCUUCUCGCCAGUCGAUUUCGUCUCCAAGGUAGAGGUCAAGAUCAACUGCCAGGACUACAAGUUCAAGAUCACCGACCGCCGCACGCCCACCGAUCUUUCCAUUGAGCCACAUCAUUCUCAAAGUUCCGCGAGGAUGCUUAACAAGAAGAACAUGCGCAUCAAUUCCCCGCUGGAAAAGCUUCUUGUCAAGCUAGAGUCGCUGUUUGGCUUCAGGGCUGGCACCAAGAUCGCCAUCGAACUGCUAUCCCACCAUCCCGGAAAAUUCACCGCACUUGAACAACAGGAAUGGAUGUCGCAUAACGUCGUUCCGGUCAUCUUACCCGUUCUCACUCGACUUAAAGCCACAGGCUGUCGGGUUCGCAUACUCUUAUCGGUCGAUUCUCGCUGGCCCUCCACAACAUUUGCUUCAGCCUGGGAUCAGAUCUGUUUCGAGGCUAUCACAAAGGAGUUUUGGGAGCAUGUCGGAGUUGAACAGAAGCGCAUCACACAAGCUGAGCUUGAUGCUGAACCCCUCGAUGACUCCGAUGAUGGCACGGUUCCUGCAGGCGCUUGGAGUGUCGUCCCUACAUCGACUGCGUGGGAUGAUGCGGGCGAUAUGCAAGCCUGGUCGUUCAAUGGCCCGUCCUGA